AUGUCUGCACCCUUCAAGUCAGGCAUGAAACAGAGGCGAGAGUCAAGGCAACAGGAAGCGACGUCAAGCGACAUGAAGAAGCCAAAGACGAGUGAAAACAACGAAAGUGUGCUUUCGUCGAUUCCAGACGCCUCGACAUCAGAACGAAUCGAGAGCAUCGCAACUGACGACAUGCAAGUAACUUCGUCAGUGGAGAUCACAGAAGACGAGGUGAUGGAAUCGAAGGGUGAAGAUUCGAGUAUCGACGUCGUGAUUGACACCAAACGAGAGAAACCGAUUGAAGAGAGAGAAGGUCCGUUAUCGGACGAGGAUAGAGGAGAAAUGGAGACUUCGGUUGAGCACCAGGAAGUAACAGUCGAGAAGGAAAAGAUUUCGACAACCGCAGGGCAGCGAGUCUUACUCAGAAGUGGGAUGGACUGUGCCGGUUUGGUGCUGUCCGUUGAAUGUGCCAAUGUAAAUGUGCUGGACCAAAGUUGGAGUGGGCUGGCUCGGCUUGUUCAAUGUGGACAAGGUUGUAUGAGUGGAAGCAAGUCCCAGUUUGAGGAAGUCUGGGAAGAGGAGGAUGGUCUUGAUAAAGGAGAUUUCGAUCCAAGAACAUUCUUCCAACUAGACGUGUGUACAGACACAAGUGAUGAUGGAUACCUUGAUACGUUUGAGUUGGAAGCUUUGUUUAUUCAUGAGGUAUCCAAGAUCUAUGGAGACGAUGAGACAGUAGAAAUGCAAGAAGAAAUAGCUCGAUAAAUGAGAGAACACGUCUUGAACGAGGUUGAUAAAGAUCAGGACGGACUCGUUUCAUUCAACGAAUUCAUGGAUUUGACCGAACUACAGCAGUUCAGCGAGGAUGAAGGCUGGAAAGGUCUUGAUGAGGAUGACCUCUAUAGUGAUGAAGAGAUGGACGAGUACGAAAGGAUGCUGCAGGAAGAAAUGGAGUCCAUGGAUGAGGAAUCCAGAUGUUUAAUGGAGGAAGACAAUCGAAGCGAACACCAUGAAGACAAGAAUGAAUUACAAGGAGAUGAAGGACACAAUGCCCAGCAAGGAGAGCUACAUGUUGAACAACAAGAGACUGUACAUGUGACAAAUCAUCCACUUGUUGUUCAACAGCAACAGGAGGUGCAUCCAGUCGACACCCAACACCAGCCUAUUGAAGUGAAGCCAGCCGAAGAUCAACCGCAUCAGACUGAACAUGAAACUGAAGCAGCAGUACAUCAAGAACAGAAGGAACCGGAAGUGAAGCAGGAAACACAAGAAACAAAAGAGGAACAUGCAAAGCAGCCCAAACAGGAAGAAAACAAAGAGCCCGAAAAGGCAGGUAGACAGUAAAAUUGACCAAUUUCGUUUGUAGGCAGCAAAUACGGGGAAGGGAACAUUUUACUGUGUGAGUUGUGAAUUAAUAUGAAUUUGAAAAAUAAAUGAAAAAUAAAGUGAUUCGUGAACUUCACC